CCCUCCAUCGCCAUCAUGUUACACGAGCUCAUCAAGCUCCUCUACCAUGCUCGCUGCACUGAUGUUACCAUCGUUCGCAUUGGGACCUCCGGUGGAUUAGGCCUCGAGCCUGGCACGGUUGUUGUCACCAAGCAGUCAGUAGACGCCACCUUCCUGCCCAGGCUGGAGCAGGUCAUCCUGGGGAAUACUGUGGUGCGCAGCACGGACCUGCACCAAGGUCUGGCUGAAGAGCUGCUCCAGUGUAGCAAGGACCUGGGUCAAUUUGAGACGGUCAUCGGAAACACUAUGUGUACAAUGGAUUUCUAUGAAGGACAAGCGCGCCUGGAUGGGGCCUUCUGCUCCUACACAGAGAAGGAUAAGCAGGACUACCUGACCAAGGCCUAUGAGUCUGGGGUUCGUAACAUCGAGAUGGAGUCUUCUGUGUUUGCUGCCAUGUGUCAACUCAGCGGUCUGAAAGGUACACCACUGGUGUAGUUGUAGCUAUCCAUG